GAGAAGUGAGGCACGGCAGCCUACACCACCCGCCUCGAUACACGGCAUAUCCGCUGGCAGUUCUAUGCCCGUGUCCCCGGGAAGUCUCCUCAAUUCAAUUGCAAUCGCAACGCAGACGAAUUUGGCAUUCUUUCCAGCAUCCUUGCCUCGGAAGUGUGAAGUAUGCGCGGCUGAAGACGGAUAGAAUACGGAUACGAGACGCGAUGGUCAAGAGCAGUACGAAAAGAGCAUUCGCCCUACUGCUUCGGACGGAAAUAGCAAUAGACCAAUCACCUGAGGGAACUUCGUAUAAUGAUGGAGCUUGCAGCUAUAAGAGCAGCACACUCUUCUGUUCAAAAUGUCUUUUCGGCCCUCACAUCUACCUUGCAGAUACCAGGAAUACGUACACGCUAAACACACGCUCGCUACUAGACACUAUGGUCGCCAUCAAGUCCCUCGCUCUCCUCGCCCUCGCACAACUCACGCUCGCUCGACCGAGUCCUCCUUCUCCUCCCCCGGCGUUCCAAGUCACGCGCCUCAACACCUUCGAGCCGACCGGACGACCUGAAGAUCACUCCCCCUAUCGCGUCGGAUUCAAUGUGACAGACCCAAGCGACGCUGCAGCUACGUUCUGCGAGACGCGCUGGCCGUAUGCCGAAUACAACACUGGGUAUCCUCACGACUACCUUGUGAACUGCACAACUCCUGCUGGGACGAUCGAUCCGGCGUGGGCGUUCAAGUUCGUCGACUAUGCGACCUACUAUAACUUUACGCUGGAUGUUAGGCAUACGAGCAGGAAGCAUGGAAGGAGGACGACGAGGUUCGCGAAGGGCCUGGUGGGGUUUGACAUUCUGCAGUGCGCGCAUGCUGCUUCGGGGUUUUCAGUGUGCAACCAGAAAGAGGGCGUGCAGUUCCCGUUGCAAGUGUAUGAUGUGGAGCAUUGAGGCGCUUCUUCGGCUAAGGAGCAUUUGGAGAUUGGUAAUUCAUGGUUUGAAGGCAGGUAAUGAUGGAGAUGGUAGGGAAUUACAAAAUCGUCACGCUCUCUUCGAUGUGUCAAACGCAUUCUAGAGUACACAU